UGUGGUGUAGUACCGAAUUAAGUUGACGCUAACCUCUUUUGCGCCGUGCACGUGUACCAAAAAUAUUCUGCAUAACUUGUCAAUUUUGUGAAGGAUAUCAACUAUUUCUGAUUUAUUUACUCAUUAUUACUGAAACAUUCGUACAAUGAAUGAAUUUAUUCUUACCAGCUGCUUGGAAGAUCGAAUUGUAUCCGUUCAUGUAUGGGAUCCUGAAACUGGCACUGAAGUGAUGACAUUCAAGGAAGGUGGGACCCUGAAGAGUCGCACCCUGUCACUGCUGGGCUCCGACUAUGUGAUGGCAGCUCAGCAACUGAAGCCAGUGCUCACAGUGUGGCCGGUCAACAGUCAAAAGCCGCUGCAUGCUCCCAGGCUGCUCUGCACUGGUCAUGUGUCUGCGUUGGCGCCGAGUCCCGAUGCUGCUUACAUCGCUGUAGCUGUCCAAGAGAAAAUCAAUAUCUAUCAGGUUUGCUCGGGUUUUUUGAUGGGCACAGGCAUUCGCCACUUCCAACCGAUAACUGUGAUUGGCUGGAGCUCGGACGGCAGUCAUGUUGUGUGUGGAGGUGAUGAUGGGCUGGUCACUGUUUGGAAUAUUGCUCGAAUUGUCACUCGAGAUGAGCGUCCCGAACCAGAGCACACGUUCUGUGAUCACAAGCUGCCUAUUACUGAUAUCGCCAUUGGAGGAAUUCACACCAAUGCCAGGCUUGCAUCGGUGUCUGCUGAUGGAACCUGCAGGAUUUAUAGUCUGACAUCAGGCAAAUCAUUGCUAACUGUUGUGUUCAAUGAAGUGCUGACAUCUGUGGCGCUUAAUCUGGUUGAGACUGAUCUUUUUGUCGGAGGCACUUCAGGAAAUAUCUUCCAAGUAAAUCUGCAAGCGCCGAAUGGAACAUCCGUGGAGCAAGCAUUUUUCGACCCAACAAUGAAACAGAGUAGCAAAGCUAUUUUCUCUGGACACGAGAAAGCUGUUACCUGCUUGUCUUGCUCUGAGAGCGGUGCAACCUUAUUGUCAGGCUCAAACGACGAAUCUGUGAAGUUGUGGCAUAUUUCUAGCAAGCAGUGUCUUAGAACAAUAAGUAUGAAGGGUGCUGUUACCAACUCUUUGUUUAUUAGAGCAACCAAAAAUAUGUUCGAUCAGAAUGAAUUGAAGAGAAGUGUUAUUCUUCGUCCCUUCCAAAAAUCUAUCUCUUCUGAAGAGCAGAAUGAAUACUGCAUGGAAAUAUGUACAGAUCAUGACAUCAGCUCCAAGUGGACAAAGGAAAAAUCAUUUUCUGACAAACAUUCAAGAAGUUCUACGUUUGAAGAUAUUGCUGACAAUUCUCAUUUGGAGGACAUGAAACUUGAAAUCAGCAGACUUCGAGACAUCAACGAGAAGUUGUAUAAAUUCAGCAUUGACCAUCUUAUACGGAAGAGACAAGAAAAUUGAGAUUCCGACUUGAUGAAGGUCAAACACAGAACAUACGGGAAUGAGUUUUUAUAGAAGUCCAACCGAAAAUAUUGUAAAAUAAAACUUUUAAACAGUAGAAAAUUUGGAGCAAAAAAAGUUGACUGACGGGAUUUGAACCUGCAACCUAUAGCAUCAGAAUCAGAAGCUCUAUGCACUCGGCUAUUCAGGCUUGGAAAAAGGGGGCUAAUUUUUGUGAUCUUGAAACAUUAUCAUCUUUUGGCAUUAUCAUUUCAUCAUUAUUAUGUUUUGGCAAUUCCAAAACAUGGGUCUGUAAAAUUUAUUAAUAAAUUAUUAGUCCCCCUAUU